UCUGCGGUAGUGGAAACAUUCAAACAGAAUAAGCGACGAAUAACUUAAACUGUGCAUCAUUAUGAUCAACGUAAACAAAGCAUCUUGGAAUAGAUAACCAAAAUUUCCAUUAUAAGCCUAUGUUGGACGAGUGUGGCUACAUUGUCACAACGGAUGAUGGGCAUUUCGUUUUUGUUCAUCCCAUAACUGGUGAGAUUAGUUUGAUGCACAUAAACAAAGUCAACUUUGAUAGCGAUGAAUCUGAAGACGAUGAUCCUGAAAAUCAUUCGAAUGCUGAAGUUACUAACCCAGAUGAAACAUCGAAUGAAGAGGAUGAUAUAGACGAGAUGGACUUUUCGGAUGAUGAUGAAAAUGGACCUUGGCAACCAAUUAGAGAACUCCACGAUUCAGGUUUCCAAGAUCAAUUAGAAUUUGUAGACGAAAGAUUCCCCGAUGAACCAGAUCCUGACUGACAAAAGUAUACACAAAAACUGUAAAAAAAACAGUA